AUGGAAGUCUACACAAGUUCAUCUGGUUUUAAACAUGCCAUGGGUCAAUGCUCUCAUUCGGCUGUACCAUUAAUUGCUUAUCAGCCACAACCUACGUCCUAUAUGAUACCGGUCGCUCUUAUGCCAGUUCAUUGUUCAAAUGUAUAUACUUAUGCACCACCUUCAAAUCAACAAGUUGCUUAUACUACUCCCUCUCUGCCAGAUCCUAUACGUCCAGCAAGUCGAUCUUCGCACAAAAUGUCCUCUUAUAAUUCACUAAUGGAUCCACAUAUGCAAGAUUAUUAUGCUAAAAAAUUCGGAAGAAAAACAAAAAGAUUACGAACUAGUCGUGAAGAAGCUUUAUAUCGAAUAACAAUAAAAACCGCAGAUAAAAAAGACGCAGGAACAAAUGCAAAAGUCUUUUUGAGUAUAUAUGGAAGUAAAGACAAAAUAUGUCGAAAACCAUUAACGAGGGAAACGAUCCUAAGAGGAGCUAUGUUAUCGGCUUCACUCAACAGACCCAUGAUAGAUUUAUCAACAAUAGAAUUCAAACGAGGAGCAACAGAUGUUGUAUACAUUCGUUGUCGUGAUCUUGGAAUCAUUCGUUAUAUCAUUCUUGAGCAUAGUGGCGUUUUAUUUGAGCAAAGUUGGUUGUGUGAAUGUAUCUUAAUAACGAACGUUCGAACAGCUCGAUCAUGGUAUUUUUUUUGUGGUAAAUGGUUAUCUUUAUUUCCGCCUGGUGAUGGUUCGCUUACAGUUGAAUUAUUUCCUGGUGACAGAAUUGAAGAUCGAAUUAAUGAUCGAUUCAAAAGUUUACCAGAAACAACUGAAUUUGAAAUUAUAUGCGUUACGGGUGACAAACGUAAUGCAGGUACCGACGCCAAUGUUUACAUCACUUUAUUUGGAAAAGAAUCAAAAACAAAAAAAAUUCAUUUACAAUCACGAAGCAAAAAUCCUUUUGAAAGAGGUCAAAGUGAUACAUUCAAUGUGAAAGCUGAAUAUGUUGGAGAAUUAGACAAAAUACGUAUUGAACAUGACAAUACAGGAAGUGCUCCUGGAUGGUUUCUCGAACGAGUUGUUAUAACUGAUCGAUAUGAUCCGGAUACUAAAUAUUUUGCUUCCUGUAAUAAAUGGUUAGCCAGAGACGAAGGGGAUGGUCAAAUUUCAAGAGAUUUAGUUUGUAGCAAAGAUGUGAUGGGUAGUAGAAAACUAACGGUAAUUACGGGAAACAAGAUGGGAGCUGGCACAGACGCUGACGUCUAUCUGACCCUAUUUGGACAGCUUGGCGAAUCCGGUGCAAUUUUGUUGGAUGAUAAAAAGAAUAAUUUUGAAAAAGGAGCAACGGAUCAUUUUGAUAUAGAGUGUCCAUCAGUUGGCGAAAUUGAUAAAAUUCUUAUAGCACACAACAAUAAAGGCGCGGCUCCCGGCUGGUUUUUGGAUAAGAUAUUGAUUGAUGAUAUUGAUCAACGUCGUACUUACGAAUUUCGAUGUCAGAAAUGGUUGGCAACUGAUGAGGGAGAUGGACAAAUAUCAAGGUUUUUAUUACCAGUUAAAGGGAAUAGUAGUGGCAAACAGGCAACAGAGGGUAUACCAUAUACGGUUAGCGUAACAACAGGUGAUAAGAUUAAUGCUGGCACAAAUGCACGCGUCUAUUUGAUAAUGUAUGGCGAACAAGAUGAUAAUACAUCUGGUAAAAUUUUUCUGAGUGACGGGACAUUUGAACGAGAGAGGACAGAUAUAUUUCAUAUUGAUGGACCAUAUGGACUUAGUCCACUAGCUUAUAUUGAUAUUGGCCAUGAUGAUUCUGGUAUGAAUCCGGGAUGGUAUCUUGGCAAUGUCGUAAUUGAUUGUCCGAGUACGGGUAUUAAGCAAACGUUCCACUGUGAUAAAUGGUUGGCAACAGACGAAGGUGAUAGAAGAAUUGAACGUCGAUUGUUUGAGACAAAACGAGAAGUACGACCACCAAGUGUUCCUUGGUACGUUUGGGUUUAUACAAGUGAUAUAAGAGGAGCUGGAACCGACAGUGAUGUCUCGAUGGUGUUAUAUGGAAGUAAAGGAAAAACAGACGACAUAAAACUUGUUAGCAAAUCGAAUAGUUUCGAAGCCGGUGAAUGUGAUGAAUUUAAAGUUGAUGCAGCAGACGUUGGAAAACCGUACAAAUUACGAGUUGGACACAAUAACAAACGUGCAUUUGCACCAUGGCAUCUUGACAGAAUUGAGAUGGAAAAUUUGAGUACGAAAAAACGUUAUAUAUUCCAUUGUGGAAAAUGGCUUUCAAAAAAGGACGGUGAUAAACAGACUAUACGAGAACUGCCAGCCGAAGGACCUGGCAUUGAUCACCCACUUCCAGUUGUACACUAUUUGGUCGACGUUCACACAGGAAAAAAACGGAAUGCUGGAACUGAUGCUAACGUUUUUCUGAAUAUUUUUGGUGAUUAUGGUGAUACUGGAGAGCGUCCGUUAGAAUAUUCAUCAAAUAAGAAUAAAUUUGAAAAUGGACAAGUUGAUACAUUCAAUAUCGAAGCUGUUACAUUAAAUAGAAUAAAAAAGCUUCGUGUCGGACAUGAUGGUCAAGGAGCUGGAGCCGGUUGGUUCUUGGAAAAAAUUGUCGUACGUGAACAAGAAAAUAAAGAUACUAAUAUUACAUUUAUGUGCAAUAGAUGGCUUGCAUCUGAUGAAGAUGAUGGUCAAUUAGUUCGUGAACUGACACUUGACGGAACACAACAUCUCAAUAAAACGUCUUAUCAUAUUAAUAUCAAAACUGGCGAUGUACUUCAGGCAGGAACCGAUGCCGACGUGCAUAUUAAGAUAUUCGGCGAGAAAGGCGAUAGCGAUGUUGUUCAAUUACGGAAUGCCGAAAAUACCACAAAUAAAUUCGAACGCAACAGAAUCGAUAAAUUUACAUUGGAAUUUAGUGAUUUAGGAAAAAUUCGUGCUAUUAGAAUCGGACACAAUGGAAAAGGCCUUGGUUCAGGCUGGUUUCUCGAUUAUGUUGAAAUUGAUGUGCCGAUGCGUGGAGAAUUAUAUCGAUUUUCAUGUCAUCGUUGGUUAGAUUCAAACGAGGGUGACGGAUUAACAGAACUUGAAUUACAACCAUCAGAUAUUCAAAAGAAAACACGCUCAAUUCCAUAUGAAAUCACAGUUUUCACGGGAGAUAAACCGAAUGCGGGUACAGAUGCAUCUGUAUUUAUCCAAAUCUAUGGUGUAAAUGGUAAAACCGAAGAAUUGAAACUUGGAAAUAAAUCAGAUACAUUUGAACGGAAAAAAGUUGAUAAAUUUAAGCUGGAAGCAACCGAUGUCGGUCAAAUAGUAAAAAUAAGAAUUGGACACGAUUCGAAGGGACUAGGAUCAGGAUGGUUUUUAGAAAAGGUGUGCAUACAACGUACUAUUAGUGAAAAACAUGAUAGAAAGAAAAAAGAUAGUGUUCGUACAAGCAAAAUAAGUUUAUCUGAUCCAACUGUGGAAGAAUAUUGGUUUGUAACUAAUCAAUGGUUCGACAAUAGUAAGGGUGAUCGUCAAACAGUAAGAGAAUUAUUGCCAACAGAUGAAGCUGGAAAUAUACUUGGCAAUAAGACUGAAGCUGAAUAUAAAGUACACGUUUUUACUGGUGAUAAGGCGGGCGCAGGUACUGACGCGAAUGUAUUUUUAACAAUGUAUGGAGCCAAAGAAGACUCUGGUGAAAGACAAUUAGAAAGAUCAAAUCGCAUGAACAAAUUCGAAAGAAAACAGGAAGACAUAUUUUUAAUCAAAGCUGUUCAUCUUGGUGAAUUAAGAAAAAUUAAAAUUCGCCAUGACAACAAAGGUGGUGGAGCAGCAUGGUAUUUGGAUAGAGUUGAGAUCGAUGAUCCUGAAGAAGGAAAAACAUAUCAUUUUAUUUGCAAAAAUUGGUUAGCCACAAAUGAAGGCGAUGGACAAAUAUCACGCGAAAUAGCUUCACAAGAACGAUUGGGACCAUUGCACGGGAGAGAUUUAGAUUCACCACUACAAGGUCUCGAAAGAAAAAAAUUGGCAACCACAUACAAAGUGAAUGUUAUCACUUCGAACAAAACUGGAAGUGGAACAAAUGCGAACGUUUAUAUUAUCAUAUUUGGUGAACACAAUGAUACAGGUAAAGUGCCAUUAGCAACAUCAAAAACUCACAAUGAUCCAUUUGAAAGUGGACACACGGAUUUAUUUGAGAUUGAAGCAAUGGACAUUGGAGAACCAAAAAAGAUCAAAAUUGGACACGACGAUAGUGGUUUUCGAUCAGAUUGGUUGCUCGAGGAAGUUGACAUCGAUGUUCCCAAACUUGGUCGUACGUUUAAGUUUCCGUGUGGACAAUGGUUGAGUAAAUCAAAAGGCGAUGCGCAAUUAGAAGUGGAACUUUAUCCGAAAGAACUUGGAACAGAAAUUUAUAAACCAUUUGUUCCAUAUGAAAUCAAAGUUUUUACAAGCAACAAGCGAGGAGCUGGAACAGAUGCCAAUGUAUUCAUAGAGAUCUAUGGAGAGGACGUUAGUACUGGUCAGACCAUGUUAUGUGAAAAAACCGAGCGUAAAGGUAAAUUUGAUAAUGGAUCCGUUGAUACGUUCACCUUGGAGCUAGAAGAUGUCGGAGAAAGAAUAGAAAAAAUUCGUAUUGGUCACGAUAAUCAUGGAUUGGGUGCUGCAUGGCAUUUGGAUCAUGUUGAAAUCAGACGUUUAAUCAAAAACACAAAAACACAAACAUUUUUGUUUCCCUGUAAUCGAUGGUUGGCACGAAACGAAGACGAUGGAUCAAUUGUUCGUGAGCUUGUGCCGGAUAAAGUUAUCGAAGAAAAAGUUGGCCGAGGUGGACAUGUCGAAGUUAAAGAACGAGAAAUGAAAGAUAAAUUACAGAUAAAAAAUUAUGAAGUGGACGUCUAUACAGGAGACAAGUUCGCCUGUGGAACGAAUGCAAACGUUUAUUUGACAAUAUAUGGUGAUAAAGGUGAUACUGGAGAACGGAAACUGCGUGAUUCAGAAACACACCGAGAUAAAUUUGAAAGAAAUCAGAUGGAUCGUUUUAAAAUUGAAAGUGCUGAUUUGGGAACAAUAUACAGAGUGGUGAUUCGACAUGAUAAUAGUGGUAUUUCGCCUGAUUGGCUGUUAAAUAGAAUAGAAAUUAAAGAUGACAUAAGAACAUAUUUGUUCCAUUGUGAACAGUGGCUUGCUAAAGGAAAAGGAGAUGGAAAAUUGCAACGAACAUUAUAUGAGAAGGAUUACCAAGGGUCGAUGGCAUCUAUGCCUACUAUUACACGAUCGGUGGGUGGUUCUCUUUUGAGUAUGACAUCAACUGACGCUAAUAAAAGAGAGCCAUUCCAUCAUACACCGCGAAAAACGAUCAUGUCAAGUAUCGCUGAAGAAUCGCGUGAUUCAACCGAAGAAGGAAUACCUUAUACAAUUAUGGUGACAACAGGAUCUGAGCCUGACGCAGGAACGACUGCCAAUGUUUUCAUCCGAUUGAUAGGACGGAAAGGGAAACAAACACCGUUACUUCCGUUGGAAUUAGCCCAUAAACGAAAAUUUGAACCAGGGAAAGUCGAAACAUUUAGUUUUCAUCAACCGGAUAUUGGUGAUCUCGAGCUUGUAGAGAUUCAACAUGAUGGUGAAACUCCGGCAACAAGUUGGCUGUUGGAUGAAGUGAAAGUAGAAAUUCCAACAAAAGGAAAAGCCUAUUUUUUCCCCUGCCAUGAAUGGUUAUCGAAACACAAAGGUGAUGGACAUACAAAACGAAUGUUACGAAUACAAGACGCAAAUCAAGCAGCAUUUCGUCCAUUGAUUCCCUACGAAAUGACAAUUUAUACGGGUGAUGUUGAAAAUGCUGGUACUGAUUGUGAUGUGUCUGUAAAAUUAUUCGGCACUAAUGGAGCGUCAUCUGAUCAUGUUAUUAAAAAACAAGAACAUAUAUUUGAGCGAGCAUCAAUUAAUCCAUUUGAAGUUGAAUUGGAUGAUGUUGGAAAACCACGUAAACUUCGAGUCUCAAUAAUACCAAAAUCAAAAAGAGGUCGAAAGAGUUGGUAUUUAGAAAAAAUUGAAUUAGUCAAGGUAGGAGCACAGCGAAACCCCGUUUUAUUUGGUUUAAAUGAUUGGCUAUCAGAACAAAGUGGUAUGUCUCGUGAUAUACCGCUGAUAAAAGAUGGACGAUCAGUAAUUGAAGAAACGACAUAUCGUAUUACCACCAAAACAUCUGAUGUCGACCAUGCUGGAAGUGAUGCAAACGUGUUUGUCGUUAUUUAUGGACAAAAUGGUGAUUCUGGUGAAUUGAGAUUGGAUAAGUCUGAAACACACACAAAUAAAUUUGAGCGUAAUCACGAAGAUGUAUUUAAAUUUGACAAUAUUCUGAGUUUGGGCGAACUGACAAAACUUCGUAUAUGGCAUGAUAAUUCCUCAACUUUCAAAAGUUCCUGGCAUUUAGAAUCAGUUAAAGUAGAAGAUGUACAUACAGGCAAAACGUUCAUAUUUCCAUGCGAUAAAUGGUUAUCAUCGACAAAAGAUGAUAAACAAACUGUUCGAGAACUAAAAUGUACCACAGAAAGUGGUAGUCGAGACACAACACCAAUGAUGGGUGGACGAUUAAUAUAUGAAAUAGAAGUGAUAACAUCUGAUAAGAAGGAUGCAGGAACGACCCAACACGGUUGGCUAAUUUUAGAAGGAGCACGAAAGAAAUCAGAUCGAUUUCAAAUGAAAAAUACACAACACAACAAAAUACUGAGAAAAGGUCAAACGGACACAUUUACAUUUGAAACUCGUGCACUUGGUGAUAUUCGUCGAAUUAUUUUGGGUCAUGAGGAACGUCCAGAAUAUCCAUUGCAGACAACAGAAGGAAGAGAAGCAAUGUGGCAUUGUUCAUCGAUUACUGUAACCGAUACUUCAACAGGAACAAAAUACAUUUUUCCUGUUCAAAAAUGGAUUUCAAUAAAUAAUGAUGGAGAUCGUUUUGAUUGUGCAGAUAAAAAAGAAGAUUCUGUUUCACAACAGCGUAACCUAAGUUUGAUCAAUUAUAAAAUAGUUGUUUACACGGGAAAUAUUAAAGGUGCGGGAACAGACGCAAAUGUUUCAAUAAUCUUAUAUGGUACACUUGGUGAUAGUGGAAAACGUGAUUUGAAGAAAAAAGGACGAAAUUUAUUUGAAAAAGGACAAGUUGAUGAAUUUGUUAUUGAAUGUUUGGAUCUGGGAGAAUUAACCAAAUUGCACAUAGAACAUGAUAAUGCUUUAAUUAAUCCCGACUGGUUUUUGGAUAAAGUUGAAGUCAUUAAUUUAGAUACAAAUGAAACAGUAGAAUUUCCUUGUCAUAGAUGGCUGGGAAAGAAUCAUGAUGAUAACGAAAUUGCAAGAGAUUUAUUACCUAUUCAUAUUUGA